AUGGCUUUUGUUCGUUACACUGGGCACUGUCCUAGAUGCAAGAAAAUUGCCGAGUUAAUAACAACUGUCAUCCGUGCUAAGUUAAACAUUGUUGAAAUAAAACAAAGAGAAAUAACAAAGAAGAUGGUUAGGGAUUUGCUUGGUGAAAAAACUCCCUUGAUUAAAUUUCCUGCUACUUCUCGACCAGAAGUUAACUCAAAGGAUGAAUUUGUUGACACAGUAGCCCAUGAGCCAACUCAUUUCUUAGUUAACAUAAUGGAAAAUAACCCUUUGCCUAAGCAUGGAAAAAAAUGA